GCAGGUUCCACAUAUAUACAACGAAUCGCAUUGGCGUUUAAAGCUACGUCACUUUCCCGGAAGUGGACAGCAGCGUUACAAACGUAGCUGAGGAUAAAGAUUUUUUUUUUUUCGGAAAACCGGAGUUGUUUCUUCAAUGUAAAGAAUGCUGGACAUGAGGCUCGGUAAAGCAGGACACCUAGACUGAUGGCAGCGAUAACGGUGUUGCGUCACGUCAGCACUAGUCCUCUGCUAUGGGGCUGGGGGCCUGUUCUCUUCAUCCUGUUGGGCUCAGUGUUGGUCCUGCUGCUACCUCUGGUGGGUGUGGAGGAGAAGUGCUGUGCCAAACUGAAAGGCAUCUCCCUCUUGCGCUGCCAACUGUGGGGCAACACCCAUCGGGCUGUGGGGCACUCGACCAGCCUCACUGUACCAUACACUGCGCUUGAGCUCCUACCUCAAAAGCCCAAGCCCACUAAAGAGUCACAGCUGGAGGCAAAGGCAGCUCUCCAGCAGGCCCUGGAGAUGAAGAAGCAAGGAAAAAGGGAGAAGGCACACAAACUUCUCGUCCACGCGCUCAACAUGAACCCGGACUUUGUGGAUGCCCUCACCGAGCUAGGCACCAUCCUAGAAGAGGAGAAGGAUGUGGUCCAGGCUGACCAUCUGUACAGCAAAGCACUCGCCAUUUCACCCUGCCACCAGAGGGCACUGGUGAGCCGUGAUCGCACACUCCCCUUAGUGGAGGAAAUUGACCAACGUCACUUUGGCAUCAUCGACGCCAAAGUGCAACGUCUUAUGGCCAUCCCAAAAGGCAAUUCCGCUCUUCGUCGGAUCCUGGAGGAGACUUAUUACCACCAUAUUUACCAUACGGUGGCCAUCGAAGGCAACACGCUGACUCUGUCUGAGAUCCGGCACAUCAUUGAGACGCGCUACGCCGUGCCAGGGAAGAGCCUGCACGAGCAGAAUGAAGCUAUUGGCAUCGAUGCCGCCAUGAAGUACAUCAACACCACGCUACUGUCGCGCCUUGGUGCUAUCACAGUCAAUGAUAUCCUGGAGAUCCAUCGGCGAGUGCUGGGAUUCACUGAUCCAGUGGAAGGGGGGCGAUUCAGAGCUAGCCAAGUGUUUGUAGGCCACCACAUUCCACCGCAUCCAAACGAUGUGGAGCGGCACAUGCAGGAGCUAGUACAGUGGCUUAAUUCAGAUGAAGCGCUGCACCUUCACCCGGUGGAAUUUGCUGCUCUGGCCCACUAUAAACUCGUCUACGUACACCCAUUCAUAGAUGGGAAUGGAAGGACAUCAAGGCUCCUGAUGAACCUAGUGCUGAUGCAGGCAAAUUACCCACCAAUCACCAUCCGGAAAGAGCAAAGGGCCGAGUAUUACGCCGCCUUGGACACAGCUAACGAGGGUGACGUUCGGCCGUUCAUUCGGUUUAUUGCCAAGUGUACGGAGAUCACACUGGACACACUGCUCAUUGCUACCACUGAACAUGCAGUGGGUUUGCCUGAUGCUAGCAAUCAGGCUUGUCCUAACUGUAAACAGACUAUACCAGUGCAUAAUUGAAGUGAUUAGCGAUUCAUAGAAUAGUCCUGUCAUAAUGACCGUUGGUCACUUUUGGUUCCUCGGUCUGCUCGAUGAACUUAGAUCUAAGAUCAACUUAGUUUAACUGGUUAAGUCAGAUAUGCUAGUGUUUAGUGGAAACAAAGGUUCAGUCCAGCUGCCACUUAAAACACCACUCUGAGCCUGAAUCAUGCUGCCAUUUAAUAAUUUCCUGAUCGUUUGGUGCUCGAGACAGUUGAAUCUUGCAUAAUUUAUUACAAUAGUCUGAAAUUUACAUAUAGGUUAGUUAUUUCUUUCUGACAUACACAAAUAUGAUUCAUAGAUACUUUUUUAACAGAGGACUGCUCUUUUGUUUUUUUUUUCUUGAGACUUUCCUAGUUCUUGGGAGAAAAUCUAAUCAAAUACUUUAUUUCUGCCUCAAGGAAAAAUAUUAGAUACAGUUGGUAUGUAGAAUGUCAGAUCAUUGCCUGUGUUACAUUCAAGCUAUUCCAUUGCAUUUUUCCCAUUUUGUCACUGAGUUAGUUCCUGUUUUAGUGAUAGCAGCUAAUCUUUGAAUUUUUUAUUAUCAUAGUGGUCCAUUAGAUUGGGAAUGCAUAAAAAUUGGUUAAUGUCAGUGUUAAUUGAGUGUUAAUUAAGUAUUGAUAAUUGAGGUGGUUUUUGGCUAUCAUUUAUUUUAACCAAUACUAAACCUUUUAAUAGUUAGCCAUUUAGCAGUGUUUACCUAAAAUUUCCCUUUAUGUUUUAUUUUUGAUUUUCAAAGAAUUAUUUAAAAUUUUGGACAAAGUUGACUUCUCAAGGAAUUUGGCAAAAUUCCAGUUUGAGGUCAUUAUUUUAUUGUUUUAUUUGUUACCAGUAGUCAUUCUUAUACGAGUGCCAUUGAGACAUUAUCUUAAUGAUGUCCGAACUAAAAUCAGAAGCACCACCAUCUUUAAAAAAAAAAAGUUAUGCUAAUGUUGCUAAUACAGAAUUAAAGCUAGUAAGCGUUGUUUUCCUCAUUGUAAGUGCCAUUUCAAUAUUCGUUAAGACCUGACAGAGUGGACAGUGUUUUGUGGUAUUUGCUUUUUUUCGUAAGGUUACGUUUAGCUCUAUAGACAAUAUUAGCCACAGUACCACUUUGUGCCUCAUGUUGGAGGUUUGCACCGAGAAGCACUUUAUAUUUCCGGAGUGACAUUAUUUAUUUUACGGACUUGAAGUUAUUUUAUUAUUGUGUGUGUGAAAGAAUGAUUAAAUUAUUGAGCUCAGCACUUUUAUUGUCCUCUCCUUGUCAUAUACAUACACAAAUAUAGUUUCAUUUACCAGAGCACUGUUCUGUGCUGUGCGCGGUUCUGUUUGGUCAAUACAUUUUCAUUUCUAUAGAAAUAACAUACACAGGGACAUGUGACUGAUGCUGCACAAAAAAAAGGAUUUAAAAAAUGCUUGUAAUUGAGGAUUUUUUUUUUGGAGAUAUUUUUGGAAGGAGUCUCCAGUGUCAGUAGCUUGUAACACUAAAUCAUAAAGCUAUAACUAAGUUAAGGAAGGUUUUCCAACAUAAAAAAAAGUCUAUAGGAUGUAGAGCUUUGUACUUUCCAUUUUUUCCUACUUUUUUGUCUUAGCAUCACAAGAGAGAAAAAAAGAGGCUGGUGAGACAAAGUCUGUUUAUAGCUACUACUAUAACAAGUGAUACUAUACCGAACUUGUUUUUCAGACAUUCCACAACAUUUUAUCCAUUUAAAGUACGAGCUGUUCUUUAACGAAUAAAAAAAAGUGGUUAGUGUUUGCAAAUUGC